AUGAUCUUUCGCACUCUUCGCUUUCUGAGCGUCUUGGCGGCUGUUUUUAGAGUUCCAGGUAGGCAUUUGUAGCACAAAACUAGAGACGAAACCUUUCAGAAGUCGAUGCAAACCUGAGGAUCGAGAAGGAAAUCGAGGUGGCGUUGGAUGUGAAAGACGUGAAGGCAUCACCGUACUACAAGGACAAAGUAUUGUCGAUUCCGAUUUCGAAAGAGUCUGGACAGGAGCUGAUGCAGCACUGGACGGAUCAGGCAUUCAGCGGACUCAUUUCGGCGAUCGCCACGAGACGGUCGGUUGGUUGCAAAGUGUCCCGGUGGCAAAGUGUCGCGUGUUCAGGCUGAAACUGGUGGAGAAGUACGACAAGAAGAAGCACGAGAAGUGCGCAUCGAAGGCGAUCGACAUAAAGAGUCAUGCAAAGUGUCUGGUCGAGUUGGAGACCGACGGACUCCACAAUCGGUGGCUGAAACGGAAAAAGUAUUUCGAUCAGAGUACGGUACUUGCGGGUCGUUUCCCGGCGAAAUCCCCACUUGUUCUAGAAAAGAGAAGUUCGAUCGAGAAGAAGGCGGCGAGGAGCAAGUCUUCCGAAAAACUGAAAAAGUUGACGAGUCUGGAGAGUUAUGAAGCGUCGAAGAGUUCGGAAAACAAGAAGAAGAAGAGGAAGAGGAUUGUGAAGAGUUCCGAGGAGGCGCAGAAUUGGGUGGGCUCUUUCAGGAGGGCAAAAAGAGAGAUUAAAGUGAAGAGUGCAGCUACGUACGAGAUCAAGACAAAAGAUGAUAUGUAAGCCCCCUAGCCAUCCUUUCUAACACUAAACUUUUCCAUCCAGGACCCCAUUCUCACUGAUAACUCGUCAACUCACAAACACUGUCAAAAAGCUGAAAAAGAAGGAGAAAUUGUCGAAAUGGCAGGAUGUGAUCGAGCGAAUUCGCAAGGAAGGGGCGCUGAUAAAGAAGCGGAAGCAGGUGGAGAAUGUGCACAGAAAACGGAUGCGGGUGUUCCAGGAGGCCGCCCGGAUUGCGCCCAGAUCCGGGGAGUCCUGGGAGAGCUCCGCGAGCAGAGAGCGGAAGGAGAAGAAGAGCAGGAGACGGCAGAUGGACAGUACUAUCAGGGUAAGUUUACUAUAUUCAACUGUUUGAUAGUUAUGCAACAGUAAACCGACGUUGAGAGUCAUUUGCGACACAAAUCUAGGUCUCAGGUUGUAGUUACCAAACAACCAAAUUCCAGAACUUUGCGAGUAUGGAAAAGUACAUCGAAGACGAGGAACUGCGUGAAAUGUUCCAUCAGAAGACGACAAACAUGACAGAAGAGGAGAAGCUCAUGAUGAUCCCAGUGGAUAUCAUCCGUCAGGCGGCCAAACUCGGACUCAGCAUCGCUGGUCAUAACACUACAGAUUUCGAGGGAAAGUCUAUCAAAUUGUUGAGUCCGCGGUUUAUGAGUGUGCUGCCCGAUGAUCCGGAUGCCAAGAAAAAAGAGGUAAAAGACGCUUCGUCCGAGACUAUUCUGUUCUUGUUCUACAUAGAUCGAUAUAAUAUCGCCGUCCUUAUUCUCUCUCCACAACUCUGGCACAGAUCUCGAACAGAAAACGUCGCUCAAAUCGGUGCUGGGCACGACGAUGAGCGCACAGGAUUCGCAGAACUUUCUGGACUUUCUGGUGGAAGCGACGGGCGUCUCGGAGGCGGUGGAGGACGCGGAGCAGAAGCUGCUCGACGCGCAACGCCGAAAAGACGACGCGAUGGGCCGGGGACCGGACGGUCAGCCCCUCUACUUUACGAAGGAGAACGUGACGGAGCGGUUCCCGAGGGAGGCGCGCAAGAUCGAACUGAUGGAGCGCCUGGACAAGACGUACUCGGUGCAGCAGCUGAACGACAUGAACACCACCGGAUACACGGUGCUCACGGGCAACCAGAUGCACUUGGUCUACGGGAACGGAUCGCCGUUCCGGAAUCCAAACUUGUUGCGCACUUACGACAACAUGACACACGCGCAGAUUCAAAGAUCCAUCCACGCGACGAUCAAGGACGUCGCCGACGAGAGGCUGAAGUUUGAGGUUCGGCAGACACGCUUAAAAAAUGAUUGGAAUUGGGUCGUUUAGCCUUGCGAAUUAGGAAAACCGUACUUGUGUUCGGUUCUUUAAUCAGAAAGUUGUCAACGGUGAAAAUGUACUAAAUUUUGUAUCGAACAAUUGUUCAGUUGACACCUUUUUGUUAUCCUCGGGUGGUGAAAAUGUAACAACGGCGUUCGUUAGUCAACAGAAAUUUCAAAAAGUUCUGGGUCAAGCAGUGUUUCCAGAAACGCUCAGAUUGUUAAAAAGUAGUCAACUCUUUGCAGGUCCGUCAAAAAGACAUUGUCCUGUCGCCGAUCGUGAACACCCCCAUCAUCAACGACCCGGUCACAGCCUCGCAGGCCCUGAUCCUUUCCCCAGCCGUCAUGGUCCCUCUGAUCCAGUCACCAGCCAUCUUCGGUUCCGUGGUCCUGUCUCCCUGGCUGUUCGUGCCCGUCAUCCUGUCGCCUCGUAUCUUGUCCCCCGUCAUCCUCGACCCAUUCAUGUUCGUUCCCAUAAUCCUGUCCCCUCUGGCGCUGGUCCCAGUCAUCUUGUCCCCGGGCAUCUUCAAUCCCUUCAUCCUGUCCCCCUUGCUCCUCUCCCCAUUCAUCCUUUCCCCUCAAGUCAUGACCCCCCUCAUCCUGUCCCCGUUCGCCCUGACCCCCCUGAUAUUGAACCCUCUCGCCCUGUCCCCGCUGGUCCUGUCCCCUUUCGUGCUGUCCCCACAAGUACUGUCCCCGCAGUACGUCACCGGAAUCAUUUUGUCGCCCUACGCGUUGUCGCCCGCGAUCGAGUCGAAUGGAGCCAUGGUUACGGUGUUCGGCUCGCCGAGUUGGUUGAGUUAGAGAGAAUUUUUGUAUAUUGUGAUGUUUCAUAUGGGUAUAAUAAUAAGUAUUUAUAAACUGAACGUUUUUUACAUACACAACCCCUUGAGGCUUAAGGCUCUUAAAAGACACUUUCAUAGCAAAUUUCCGAAUUCCACUCCGCGGCUUAUCAUCGGAAGCCUCCUCCCUCAGCCCAAUCAGACAUCUCUAUCACCCCAUUCCAACCGAGUUUCUUAUCACUUCUGUCUACACCGGGCGAUUGUGUCGCAUCGUUGUUAUAAUGGGCGUGAUUAAUGGCGGGUCUCCGGUAAAUGCGAAAAAGAGAUCGAAAAAUGCUUGUCGAACAGACACGCUUAAUCAUUGAUGGACACGAGACGGGAAACUGGACUUUUGUGUGGAAAAUGAUCAUCGGUACUCAGAGAAUUUUAAGCAGGGGUGCGGCACGUAGCGAGCAAGUUGCUGCACAGAACAGCAUGGGUGCCGACCGGAUCGAGAUUGCUUCCUCACUUUCCCGUUAUAUCGUUUGCUUGCCGCAUCCAUGCUCAACCCAUGCUGACUGUGUGCUGCUACUAUGCUGCUCACGUGCUCGAUACAGGCUCGCGUUCAAAUUGCUGCACCCAUGCUGUUCUGUGCAGCAACUUGCUCGCUACGUGCCGCACCUCUGCUUAAAAUUCUCUGAGUAACUUGUACUGUCACCAUGAUGUACCUACUAUGAAAUGUUGUUGACUGGCAUAAAAGCUACAGUACCUUAUGAUGAAUGAUAAUAGUUCAAAAGUGCGUACAAUAGGAGAAUAGGUGGGCGGGGGAAUGGAAGGAUUCCAUUAAAAAGUUCGUUCGUCCCGAUGUCUCGCCCGCACCACUUUAAUCCCAUCAUUUUCGCCGUCAAAUCUUCCGUCUCCGUCUCGCCGAUUCUCCCGAACUAUCGCCGCUCCUCUUAGGCUCCCCGUCCAGUUGAUAAUGCCGCUUUUCGUCGUCGACCGAAAGUGCAUCAGUCACUAAUUGACCUCGCCGCGUUCGGAGACCUUCUGGAAUACCGACUACACGAUAUAAUUGGGAGGAGGGUGAAGGGGGGCACAUAUAAAAGAGCGGCGGGUUUGAAACGUUCCGCAUUUUGAUGCACGAUGAACACUUUUUGGUUUUCGAACCUUUUCGCUGUUGUUUGGGUGAUGAUUGUGAUGGGUGAGUGGGGGAUUACUGUACUUUUAACAGAGUACCAGUAUGCUAUUGAACAAUUGAUGUACAUUAACUAAAACUAAGUUACUACUGUACAUUGUAGACAUUUAGCCGUCGUGUAUUCUUUUUAGAUUGCCACGGCUCGGCUUUUCAUACAUAGGACUUUCGGUUUUGUUCAAUAUAUCUCCAGAAAUCGAACAUAGGGACCUCUGAUUUUUUGAUAAGAGUUCAAUUUUACUGGAUUCUUCAAAAUGAGCCAGGUCAGAGGUAAAUGUAAGGUUUCUGAGAGAAGUUACAGCUUCACAAUUUCCACUCCUCCGUAUGCUUUGCCGGCCCGUGAUUGCUGUAAUGUUAGUUGUCGCUCGAGUUUUACCUUAGCUUGACAAAGUUUCAUUGGGCUAGAGCCUAGUAUGAUUGUAACUAUUUUGGAAUGUUGACAGUCACUCUGACCGUUUUAUAGAAGUAAGAGUUAGCACAGUCCGAUAAUAUUUUAAGGUUUAAUGUGAAGUUGCAUAAGUGACAAGUUUCAGAAGUCGGUGCAAACCUGAAGAUCGAGAAGGAAAUCGAGGUGGCGUUGGAUGUGAAAGACGUGAAGGCAUCUCCGUACUACAAGGACAAAGUAUUGUCGAUUCCGAUUUCGAAAGAGUCUGGACAGGAGCUGAUGCAGCACUGGACGGAUCAGGCAUUCAGCGGACUCAUUUCGGCGAUCGCCACGAGACGGUCGGUUGGUUGCAAAGUGUCCCCCCGGUGGCAAAGUGUCGCGUGUUCAGGCUGAAACUGGUGGAGAAGUACGACAAGAAGAAGCACGAGAAGUGCGCAUCGAAGGCGAUCGACAUAAAGAGUCAUGCAAAGUGUCUGGUCGAGUUGGAGACCGACGGACUCCAGAAUCGGUGGCUGAAACGGAAAAAGUAUUUCGAUAAGAGUACGGUACUUGCGGGUCGUUUCCCGGCGAAAAUCCCACUUGUUCUAGAAAAGAGAAGUUCGAUCGAGAAAACGGCGGCGAGGAGCAAGUCUUCCGAAAAACUGAAAAAGUUGACGAGUCUGGAGAGUUAUGAAGCGUCGAAGAGUUCGGAAAACAAGAAGAAGAAGAGGAAGAGGAUUGUGAAGAGUUCCGAGGAUUCGCAGAAUUGGGUGGGCUCUUUCAGGAGGGCAAAAAGAGAGAUUAAAGUCAAAAAAGCAGAGAGCUACAGUCUCAAAUCAGAUUUUGACAGGUAACUCCUUACUUUCCCGUGUUCCAUCUCAUAUUUUACCUCUAGAUCCCCCUUCUCAAUAAUCACCAAACACCUCGCAAACACUGUGAAAAUGCUGAAAAAGAAGGAGAAAUUGUCGAAAUGGCAGGAUGUGAUCGAGCGGAUUCGCAAGGAAGGGGCGCUGAUAAAGAAGCGGAAGCAGGUGGAGAAUGUGCACAGAAAACGGAUGCGGGUGUUCCAGGAGGCCGCCCGGAUUGCGCCCAGAUCCGGGGAGUCCUGGGAGAGCUCCGCGAGCAGAGAGCGGAAGGAGAAGAAGCAAAGAAGAGGAAAUAUUGAUAGUACCAUGAGGGUGAGUAAAUUCUAAAAUUCCAGAAACGCAAAGCAUCUUGAAAUCCUUGCAGAACUUUGCGAGUAUGGAAAAGUACAUAGAAGACGAGGAACUGCGUGAAAUGUUCCAUCAAAAGAGUACAAACAUGACAGAAGAGGAGAAAGUGUUGAUGAUCCCAAUGGAUAUCAUCCGUCAGGCGGCCAAACUCGGGCUGAGCCUAGGCGGACAGAAUAUCAGCGAUUUCGAUAGGAAAAGUCUGAAGUUGAUGAGUCCCCGAUUCUUGAGUGUAAUUCCGGAGGACCAGGAAGCUAAGGAGCAAGAGGUAGGGUUCUGAGAACUUAUAGAAGCACUAGCGGCAUCUAUAUUUCAGAUAGACCUACUGUCCCCUUCACUGUUCUCCCUCCACAACUCUGGCACAGAUCUCGAACAGAAAACGUCGCUCAAAUCGGUGCUGGGCACGACGAUGAGCGCACAGGAUUCGCAGAAUUUUCUGGACUUUCUGGUGGAAGCGACGGGCGUCUCGGAGGCGGUGGAGGACGCGGAGCAGAAGCUGCUCGACGCGCAACGCCGAAAAGACGACGCGAUGGGCCGGGGACCGGACGGUCAGCCCCUCUACUUUACAAAGGAGAACGUGACGGAGCGGUUCCCGAGGGAGGCGCGCAAGAUCGAACUGAUGGAGCGCCUGGACAAGACGUACUCGGUGCAGCAGCUCAACGACAUGAACACCACCGGAUACACGGUGCUCACGGGCAACCAGAUGCACUUGGUCUACGGGAACGGAUCGCCGUUCCGGAAUCCAAACUUGUUGCGCACUUACGACAACAUGACGCACGCGCAGAUUCAAAGAUCCAUCCACGCGACGAUCAAGGACGUCGCCGACGAGAGGCUGAAGUUUGAGGUUCGGCAGAAGGACGUAGUACUGUCUCCGGUCGUGGCCACCGCCGUCGUGAACAACCCGGUCCUCGCCUCGCAGCCCUUUAUCCUUUCCCCAAUCCUCAUGGUCCCUCUGAUCCAGUCGCCCGCAAUAUUCGGCGUCAUAGUGCUGUCUCCCUGGCUGUUCGUGCCCGUCAUCCUGUCGCCUCGUGUCCUCUCCCCCGUCAUCCUCACCCCCUUCGUCUUCGCUCCCAUAAUCCUGUCCCCUCUGGCGCUGGUCCCUGUCAUCUUGUCCCCGGGAGUCUUCAAUCCCUUCAUCUUGUCCCCCUUGGUUCUCUGUCCGUUCAUUCUUUCCCCUCAAGUCAUGACCCCCCUCAUCUUGUCCCCGUUCGCCCUGACCCCCCUAAUUCUGAAUCCUCUCGCCCUGUCCCCGCUGGUCCUGUCCCCUUUCGUGCUGUCCCCACAGGUACUGUCCCCGCAGUACGUGUCCGGAAUCAUUUUGUCGCCUUACGCGUUGUCGCCCGCGAUCGAGUCGAAUGGAGCCAUGGUUACGGUAUUCGCGUCGCCGAGUUGGUUGAGUUAA